AUGGAAUUGUUUUGGGAUCAAGUAGAAGUAACAGAGGACCAAUUAAACACCUUCAGACGACUACAUGCCAUCAUCAAUAAUCAAUAUUGUGAACAGAGGGAAAACCUCUCAAUAGAAGAGAUGCAAGAUUGGGACAAUUAUUGCCUCAGCAAACUAAGCAACACGGAUACACUGUUCAAUACGGUUCGGUUUUUAGCCACACAAGAUUUUGAAAAGUUUCGCUUUGUAUACUUCAUGAUUAGAGAGGCGUUAAAAGAAGUGGAUCGAAAACAAAAGGAAAUUGAUGAAUUGCAAAAGGAAAACUUGGAGUUAAAAGCUAAAGUUUCAAUGAAGGAGCAAAUCGUGCAAUUGUUUUCCUCUACGGCGGCCACGACCUCAACAAGUCAAGAAUGCACAGCAGCACCAAAGAUUGUUCUAUCACCGUCUUCGGAACCUUCUUCUCUCAUCACUGCUACAAAUGUCGAAUCUCCACAGAAUAUUCUAGUCUUGUCCAAUCCUUCAGUGUUUGUCACUUCUUCAGCUGCAGACAACACGUUACUCACCACUGCGGCCGCAACUGCUGCCAACGCUACUGUCACUUCGACCUGUCCUGACUCGGUUGGUGUGGAUUCACAAUCAUCUUCGCAGACCAAUUCGUGUGAAGAACAACAACCUUGUGAAAACAAGUCGACUGACUUAAUGCCUGAUGUUUCCCUUUCAACCACUGCAGACCAGUCGCCUCCCAUACCAAAACCACAAAGGAGACUUUCCAUUAUUAUAUUAUAA